CUUCCGGCUAAACCGAAAGUCUGUACAGGGGAGCCAAACUGAACGGCCCCAAGGUGGCCACUUUCGGCCCCUCGGCCACGUCCCCGGCCUCACGCCCCAGGAAAGGCCCGGAGGCACCGCGCUGCCGGCCGCCGACCUCCUCUUCCAGGCGCUUCCGGGAGCUGCCGCCCUUUGCCCCCGGAAGUGGGCGAGAGAGGAAGCGGCUGGUGAUGCUGGAACAAACAUGGCCGUCCCGGCGCUAGUCGGCCCCUCGGGCUCCCGCUGUCCUCCGCUGGCCGCCGGCCUCCGGCUGUUCCCACUGCUAGCGCUGCUGCAGCUGCUGGUCCCGCCCGGCCUGGGCCGCGUCCACCACCUGGCGCUCAAGGACGAUGUGAGGCAUAAGGUUCAUCUGAACACCUUUGGAUUCUUCAAGGACGGGUACAUGGUGGUUAAUGUCAGUAGCCUUUCCGUGAAUGACCCUGCAAGAGCCACAGACAAGGACACGACUGUAAGUGCCUUCCUGGGAGGUCAAGAGCUUUACUCUUCUCUGUUGCUCAGAUGAGAGCUUCACCCCACA